AUGAAGGUGAGGCAGAAGCACCAAAGUUUUAGCUUAGAGAAAUGCACUGCUAUAGCCGACAAAGUUGAUCAAUUGCUGAUCGUGGGGUUCAUCCCAGAGGCCCAUUAUCCGGAGUGGUUUUUCAAUGUCGUGUUGGUAAAGAAUUCAAGCGUAUCGAAUGAAGCUCAAUCUAGCCAAGUGAGCCUUUGGCGUCGAGCCGAGAAGUUCUUGGGUUUCAUGGUGUCAAAAAGGGGAAUAGAAGCAAACCCUGAGAAAGUAAAGGCCAUCAUGGACAUGUCCCCUCCUCGAAAUAUGAAUGAAGUACAGAAACUGGCCAAGCGAGUAACGGCCCUCAAUCGGUUUGUCUCUUGGUCAACCGAAAAAUGCCUGUCGUUCUUCAGAGUGUUGCGGAAUGUUUAUAUUUGGGAGAAUGAGUGUGACCAGGCAUUUGAGAAACUCAAAGAAUAUCUAACCAGCCCACCACUCCUCAAUCAAGCCAAGCCAAGACAUGCUCUGAAUGUGUAUUUAUCCAUCUCCCCACACGUUGUCUCCUCCGCAUUGGUAAGGGAAGUGAAGGGGUCCUAG